AUGGAAAACGCCCACGCCAAAACAGGGGAGGAGUGCUUGGCUUACUUUGGAGUGAAUGAGCAUUCAGGCCUCUCUCCCGAGCAGGUGAAGAAGCACCUGGAGAAAUACGGAUACAAUGGUGAGUGGCUGCCUGAGUUAUAGGACCAUGUUGGUACCCACACGUCAAGGUGCCAGGAUGCAGAGAAGGGCAGAGGGAGGGAGGGAGGGAGGGAGAUGCAUGGAAGGAAGGAUGGAAGGAAGGAUGCAGCUGAAAGGAUGGCCACCUAAAUACAGAUACGAGAACCAAAGGAAAGCCAAGGAUGAUCGGGCAAGAGAUGGACAGGUGGAUGGAUGCAGAGCCAUGGCUUCUAGACGAAAAGGGUGGAUGCACACACACAGAGGAGGUGGGAGAGUGGGGUUUCAGUACACGCCGAAGAAGAAUUGUUACGUAGGCACAGGAAGGGAAGGAAGAGCCCGAUUAAGUAGGCAAUGGAAGGUGAACAGGGAUGGAGGCAAAAGCAAAGGAGAAGAGCACUGAAGAUUAUUAGGAUGGGGGGAGGUAGCCAGGCUGGGGACAGGGCAGCUGCUGCUUUGCUAAGAAUAACCCAGUAAUUCCCUUUGGUAUGAAACAGAUAUUAAAAUUGCUGAUGGGCAACUUGUAGGAGCAGCCGGGAGGUUGCCGGGGGGGGGGGUUGAUAUUCCACAGCCGCUAAGGGACAGGCUGGCUGGAUGCAGGGUAACUGGGGAGGGGGUGAUGUCCUUGGGGAACAUGAGUUUAGCAGUUAAGUGAAAUGGUAGUGGUUUAUUGGGAAGGGUGUCAAUAUGAAGAGGGGAGGCUUUUUUCUUUGUUUGUUUGUUUUUGCAGGGGGUAGUAGUGUCCUGCUGAAGAUGCAGACAGUUAAGCAACAAGGACAAUGUAUUCCUCCCUGUUUCCCCAUGCAUGAUAUCCUCUAGGAUCCAAGUCUUAACUUUUAGAGAAGGGAAUUUGGGGGGGGGGGGGUUUACAGGACACAAGUACAUGGCACAGAUAUGAUAAGGUGGGGUUGCUGUGAGUGUGUACCUAAGCCAUGUUGUGCUAUGCAACUGGCUGCAACUCCUUGUGGAGUCCUGCUAACAAGGGGCACCUCACACCCAACUUAAUUCUGCGGCAACAGCUCUGGCCCAAUGGCUUCUUUCAAAACUAUAGCCCAUAACCUUAAUUUUGGUAGAAGGCCCCUUUGCUGUCUGUAGCUGAGACCCAUGUCCACCUCACAAUUAACCUGUGUCUGCCUCACAAUCAGUUCUAUAAUCCUAAGCAUGACCCCAUGGCUUGUUUCUAACUGUUCAGUUCUGAUCUGCGAUAUUAACCUUCAACUCCAUGUAAGAAGCCAGCCUCAUUAACUUAACCACAGAGCCUUUCUUCCCUGUCUCCACCUUUGCCUGACAAUCCAGUCCACAAAGUCAAAAUAAAACACAACCCUAACCCGCUUCUCUCUCUUUCUCUUUCUCUCUCUCUCUCUCUCUCUCAACCCCACAGAACUCCCAGCUGAAGAAGGUGAGUCCCUAAUACUGGUGUGAAAAGGUGUUGGGAAGUGUUAGGACAUAGGAAGCCCCACUGUACCCUGAUCUUACCUGGCUCAAAUUCUCUCUGCUGACUUUGUAAAGCAGCAAUUAUGGCUGCCAGGUCUCUAUUUUUGGCUUUAAGUUUUAAACCUUUAGCCAUCUUUCUGGUUUUCCAAAGGAAGGACUAAAAUCUCAAGAUAGGGAACUAUAAUCAAUGGGCCUUUUUUUUUUUUUUUGCUUGCCCUGAAAGGUUUCCCCAUUCUCUUCAGCUUACCCUUUCCAUCAAAUUUCAGCCUGAGGCACCAAGCACAAACAAGUUCAUCCCCUAAACAGCUACUAGGCCUCACCCAUAUCCUACCAGGCUCCACUGACAAUCUGCCAGGCACCCGCUUAGCUCCCAGGCUCCAUUCACAGGCUUCUUCUUGCCCAAGCCUAUGGCACCUGGCUAUCCUACCAGACAGACCAUACACUUGCCUUAAGAAAAGAGGGUUGGGUAUACACCAGCCUUUGAGGUGUUGCUGAGCCAGCAGUGGGGGUUGUGGGGCCACUUACAAGAAAAGAGGUGAUUUCUUCCUUUCACUUAUGGGAAAGGGGGUGAACAUUGCUCUGGAGGAAGAAAAAUCAGCUUGGAGGAAGCAAUCUGGAGAGAAACGGCAGAGAUGUUAAGCACCAACCACCACUUCUUAGCCCCAAGUUCCCUUUCUGAAGUGGCUUGUUCUCUGUCAGGCUUUUGUUAAUGCAUAGUUAGACCCUCAGGGGGUAUCCACACUUCUUGCUCAACUGGAACAAAUGGCAAUUCAGUAUUUUCUGGAUUGACAUUUGCUCCGAUUUGGCACUAAAGAGUGUCUUUUCCCUUGGAAUGGAGUGGGGCAAGGGGAAGACUGAUUGGACCUGUGCUUUCUAGGCAUGGCACAAGUGGAAAUGUGGAUGAGCCCUCAGGAAAAGAACACCUGGGGGGCUUAUAGCUCACCUAGACCUCCCUGACUAGGCUUUGCUCAAAAUCUAUCAUAGAGAAUCCAUCUUUCAUGGCAAACAUACGUCAUUUCGGGUGCCCUCCCCAAUCCCUUUCUAGCUAACUGCCCUCAGAAACUGGAAUUUUUGUGCCCUCUGAUCCUUUAACACCUCCCUUUCUUGCUUGUCAGGCAAAACCAUUUGGGAGCUGGUGGUGGAACAAUUUGAAGACUUGCUUGUCAGAAUCCUACUACUCGCAGCUUGCAUCUCCUUUGUAAGUGACUGUGGCCUUGUGGGUGAGGAAAUUUGGGUUACUCAGAGAAGGGCCUUUGAAAUACAGCCAGCAUUGGGAAGGAGAGGCGAGCAGUUUGGGGGCACAUGGAGGGAAACAGUCAAAAGGAGACACAUCCUAGGCAAGGAUGAACCAGUUUCCUUUAGAGUCAAUGGCUGAUGUGUACCAAUGCCCAUAGUUGGUGUGCUGAGAAGCUUUGCUCUUCAGUGAGCUGCCAUAUUGAUAAGCUGCAUCAUCAAUCACUGGAGGCAUUCACUGGGACCUAAUAUGACUCAAGCCUCAGUUUUGGAACAUAUUCUAUGGUAUGGCACAUGGUAUGCGUGAAGUAAUGUUAAAGAAACAUCUGAACAUCUGGAGAGUUUAUCUUUCCUCACCACUAUUUAAAUGUAAAGUGUUUCCAGAUGUACACCUCCAAGUCAGGGCACUGUAGGGUCCCGUGCCCCCCAGCUCAAGCCAAACUGCCCUCUCUGACUGCAUAGUGCUUUAGACAGGUUGCAUUGUACACUGGUCCGAUAGACUGUCUUCCCUUCAGCUUAGGGGUUAGAGGUAUACUAGUUUCCAGCCAAUCGGGGCUGUGCAUGGCUGGCUUCUGCUAUGAAUCCGUAGAACCAAUUUCCCCUGAACUCAUCCCAAGAGAGUAUAUUGCAGAGAAGGUUGUCUAGGUGAAAAUGUAGUGAUUGUGCUUUUACAGCAGGUGUAUCUCUCAAAUUAUACUUCUGUAUCCACUCAAAUUAGUAAAUAAACUAAAACUGGCAACAGGGCAUGGGGAUAACUUGGCCUUUAGGCUCCUGUAUGUAGAAAAUGAGUUCCCUCACAUUAAUGGGGGAGCUCGCCAACCAGCUCCAAAACCUCUUUGCCAACUGCCCUGCUUCCACUCCCACCAUAACUAUAAAAUGGAAGCCGCAGAAAUGAACGUUUCCCUCCCCUCAUCUUGCAACUUGCCUCGCUGCCCGGUUCCUUGACACUUGAGAUGCAGCCACCUUGGGCCGUGAUACUAAUUUCUGGAAGAGCACAUGGCCUGGCUCAGCACCAAGAGGUCGCUGUAAAGGUCACCGUUAACGGCCUAGUUCUCAGGUAGCCUGAGCUCCCUCACCUCACUGCUCCUCAGAAAACCCAGGAUACCUGGCAUCUUCUUGUCCAAGGAGAAGAAGGCAUUUGUGACCAGGUUUGCUGUGAUCCAGCAACUAGUAAUUCUCUCAUUCCCUCUCUCAUGCAAAUCACCAAUUAGUGUGCUGUAUUACAGGGAUUCUGGAGAGAGACAACAGUAUCUUGUAUAGACUCCGGUGAAUCUAUAGAAGCUACAGUCUCCCAGGUGUUGCUGGACUCCAGCUGCCAUCAGACCCGGCCAGCCAACAUGGCCAAAGAAUCUUUGCUAUGCUUGUACAUGGCAAGCUGGAGAGAGAAGAAGUUGUGAUAUUUUCCUAUCUCUUAGGCUUAUCCACACUUCCUCAUCCCUCUGCUUCCCCCCAUCCCUGGGGAAAACUGCUCUUUAGCACUCAGUCAAUCAUAGCAAACAGCAAAAUGAACUUGACAUUUGAUUCUCUGAUUUAGCACUAAAUAGCAGGUUUUUCCUGGGAAAGGAGCGGAACAAGGGACGAAAACACUUGGACCGCCUGGGUCAAGCAGAAAACUGCCUGGACCUGUGCUUUCUAGGCACGAGACAAGCAGAAGUGUGUAUGAGCCCUUACAUACUCAUACCUCUUUCAGAUGAAGGAUCCCAGGUCUAGUCUUUAUUUCCUUUUCUGCAGCUUGACUUUAAGUUUUUACCCUCUGGAAACUUAAUUAAGCACACAAGCCAACCUAGGAACAUUUGGAUUCUUGGCAAUUUGCAUUUCGGACAACUUGGUUUCCAAUACUGUGCUUAUUUCAAGAAUAAACAUAGUAAAAGGUGGGCUCCUUUUGUAUUGCAAAUAUUUGGAACUGGAAACAAACAGGAAACAAAAGUAACCUGUUGUUUAUGGCACAAGCUUGUUUUCUGCUGCUCCAGAGGGUACGACCUGAACCAAUGGAUUCAGAUGACAAGAAAGGAGAUUCUGACUAAACCAAGGGGUUGGAUUAGAUGACCCUGGGAAUCCCUUCCAGCACUACAUUUCUGUGAUUUCAUUUAUUCUUUGGUGAUCUUAAAUAUGGAGAUUCCAAAUCUGGCUGGGAGAUUUUAACUCAAUUUACAAUAGCACGCUGAUUGAAUAUCGCCCCUCUGGCAACUCCACUGUGUUGUCUCCACUGUGUAUCCAGGACACAAGAGGAGCAGAUGGGUUGCAUCCCACACUACCCUUGCAAGUGUGCAAACCCUAAUACCCAUGUUGUGUUUACGUAACAAACACACACGGAGAGAGAAAGAGAGCAGCUCCCUCCAGCAGGGGGCAGCAUAGACCUGGGUCAGACUGGAACAUUUCAUUUGCACUUGGGAAACGUGUUUUCUUCACAUCUUUAAGCUGUGCAUACAAUUGCACACUUGCAGCUGCCCACACAAUUACACAACAUCCAUAGGCUUGCACACACACACACACACACACACACAGAGACAAGCAGGAGCCCUUUGCACCGGAGUUCUCGGGUUUCAUGGGAUCAACUUACACGCUUCAUCUUGUACACAUGCAAAGUGCAGGCAGGGUUCAGCUGUCUCAAGAUUCCAAAUGUCAAGAGGAAUCAAAAGACAAAUGCGAUCCCAGAAGGAUAAGGGAGGGGAGAGCGAAGGAUGAGCCAGGAUUCCUAACCGUGGAAAUGAGUGAGAGCUAUGCCUGCGCAAGAUGGAGGCUGAAGGUCCCGCUCCCCCAGUUCUAAGCAUGUGCCUCUCUUUUUUUGGCAGGUGCUGGCCUGGUUUGAGGAAGGCGAGGAGACUGUCACAGCUUUCGUGGAACCAUUUGUCAUCUUGCUGAUCCUGAUCGCCAACGCCAUUGUUGGAGUAUGGCAGGUAAACAAACCAACAACCAUGCAAAAUCAGCAUUUGUAUAUUGCCUCAAAGGGCUUUGCACACAUAAUUACCAAUGGCUCAGUCAGUAUUGUUUUCACUGUAUUGAAAGGGUGGGCUGGGGCCACAGCUCCCAGCUUCCCUGGCCUUUCACCAUGCCGACUAGGGCUGAUGGGAGACCCAACAACAUCUAUGGAGAGCCAAGGCUUCCCCUGCUGUACUGCAAAGCCUAAAGAGAGAAUGGAAAAGCUACAAGCUGGAAGUGGGGCAAAGGACCCACAAGGACUUAGGAAGCAGGAUAAAGCAACACAAUUUUUAAAAAUUAUUAUUACCCACCAAAGCAGCCCAAACUGCUGUGUUUCUGCUUCUUUUAUUGCUUUUUUGUAGCCCAGUCAUUUGGUGUGUAGGUGUCAAAGCAUUGCCUCCAGAGAGGAUCUUAACUAUGGCUGUUGUGUCUCUUCUAGGAGAGGAAUGCUGAGAACGCCAUUGAGGCUCUAAAGGAGUAUGAGCCGGAGAUGGGCAAGGUGUAUCGGUCUGACAGGAAGUCUGUGCAGAGAAUAAAGGCCAGGGAGAUGGUUCCUGGUGACAUCGCAGAGGUGGCAGGUAAGUCCCGGACCGAGGCAAGGAAUGAAAGUGAUUGCUUCAGGGUGAAGCAGACUAGACAUGGAGUAAAGAGAUUUUGGGACAGCAUGCGUAUCUUUCACAGCCUUUAAGGUCACACCCAUACCAUAUAUUUGAAGCACAUUUCCAAAGAAUUCUGGGAAAUGUAAUUAACCGCCACCACAGAGCUAUAAUCCCCAGUGCUCUUAACAAACUGUAGUUCCCAGGAUUCUUUGUCGGGAAGACAUAUGCUUUAAAUGUGUGCUGCGAGUGUCACUUAAAUCUCUCAGUCACAGUGGUCCGUACAGCACAAGUUCUCCAACUUAAAAGACAAACUUCGUUGGGGUGGGUUUAAAAAUGGCCGCAUUCAAAAAAAGAGAGGUCAAAGCAGCCUUAGCUGUUCCUAUAAAGGACAUCUAGGAGAGCACACCUUGCUUCUCUAUGCUUCAUACCCUCUUUAUGGACUGGAGUAUUUUCCCCACAAGUAGGCUCAUGGGUAAUGAAGUCAGAGGGGGACAUCCCAGCUUCCUAGAGUGGACGUAGUCUUCUCUAUGGUGGCCAAAGGCACCUUGGGAAGGAGAUGACAUGAGCUCUUCUCUGUAAGCAUCCACAUGAGCAAACAGUUCUGGAUUAGGGACAGGCAAUCCCUUGUAAAGAGAAGUCUCAGUGCUCCCACAUCUCCACUGCUAGACUUAAAAGUUACAAAUGGUUUAUUAAACUGAAGCGGCGGUUGGUGUGAAUGUUGUACGUUCAUGUUGUACAGUUUGGACUCUCUGUAUCAGCCGCAACAGUGAUGGACUUAGAGAGUGACAAUUAGAUUAAACAUUUGGGCUGUGAUGUUUAGCCUUGGACAGAGGGUAACUUUCUUCUAAUAGGUGCAGGAUCAUUUUAGGUAGCUUGGCAAGAAAUGACUUCCUGCAGCUGAAAUAAGUGAAGGUGAAGAGGCUUCAGCCCCAGGAGAGAAAAUUAAAGAGAGAUAUCAGGAUUGGGCAUGUGCCUAGGGAAGGUAUCAAGGGUCAGACACCCUCUCCCUAGUUUUGAGUUUAUAAAAUCAAUUGGGUAAAUGUCAACAAGGCUUGGAUUAGGGCAAAUCAUAGACACAGGUUCUGAGUUCCAAGAUGUGAAGUUUCUUUUUUCAGUGUCCAUAUUUGGAUUCUUAUAGUUAGAAAAUUCUCUGAUAAUGCCCUCCUGUGCCAUUUUGAGUUCCUCCUGUCAUAGUCUGUUGCAGUGAACAUCAGGCGGUCUUUCAUAAUGACCACUUGCAAGCACUGAUUUCUCCUUCUGUUCCCUUCCUAUCUCCAUAUUUUGGGUGGGGGCUACUUCUAUCAACCUCCCACUUCAUUGGUCUCUUGUGCCAGGUAGAAAAUCCCCAACCCAGUGUCUCCUCACCCCAGUUGUGUGGUGCUGGUUUGGAGUGGCCAUUACCCAGAAUCCAAAGGGGAGUGUUGCCCGUUCCCUGUGGGGUCGGAUAAUGCCCUCCUCCAACCCCGAGCCCUCAGGGAGCACUGGAGAUGCUGCUUCAGCAGAGUCUUUGUGGCUCACCCUCACCCCUCACCCCACCUGCCGCUCGCCCCAUCAUGCCUAUCCCUCCAUCAUGUAGCUUGUUUACUCCUUGGGCUUGGCCUGUCUUGACCCUGGAGUGGAGGCAGAGGGGAUGUUUUGGGAACAGACAGUCCCCACGGUGGGUGCAGCCUGGAGGUGGAGCAGUGAAAACAGAGACCUGAGGAAUCCCCUUCAGCUGCACUUACUGGGCAACAGCUGUCCCCAAAGCUGGGCCAGCCGCCAAGCUGUCCCCUCCCUUUGGUCCGCAUUAAUUUAAUUCAAAGAUCAUUUACUCACACAGGGCCAGUUGCACAACUGUCUCCAAAAUAUAAAGGGCACCCACACACAAACACAUACACUUGCUGUAAUCCUUCACUGGGUGGUUGGGACAGGCUCCCCCAGAAUUUGCCCCCCCCUUGCCUUGCGUUGUAUGUGUGAUAUGCUUCUUGAAGCCCCGUCCCCCCAGGUUUGUGCUGCCUCUUUCUCUCUCUACCCACAGUAGGGGAGGGUGGCCAUUAGUCUUUCUUUACAGAGGAUGAUCUUCUGUUUGAAGAAGUCUUCUGUUUAGAGAACCUUGGAAGUUGCCCAUCCACAGUUAGUACACCUGGAUAGCAGGCUGAGCCGGAACACAGGUCAUUUGGUCAUAGACUCCCCUGCUAUGGAGAUGUGUUGUAUAUCUGUUUAAAUUAUAGCAGUGUGAAGUGUUUCGUCUAGACACAAAUUAGCAUAUGCAAAUAUUGUGCAGCGGUGGCCACUUUUGUCCUUUCUUGUGUGUUUGUGUGUGAUGCUUUUUUUGGCAGUAUGCAAAUGGCCACCCUAAAUAUGAGGCCUCAUUCUUCCUUACUGGGCAUUUUUGUGUCUUUUUAAAGGGACGGCUUUGUAAAUUUGGGUCCUCUUUGAGGCAAUGCGAAGGAGGAUAAAGCCCCUCUUAUAUAUAGAUAAAAUUAUAAGGGUUACAUAGAUAUAAAAUAAAACAACAAAUAUUAUUUAUAUAAACACACACCUAACAAAGCAUUUUCCAUUGAAACCAGAAGUCAUUCAAAAUAAAUUAUGAAAAGUUCUGACAAAUGCUUCCUUCUGUUUGGGAAAUAGGGGCAGAAGUCUGUCUCUAAUACUUCUUAAUUUGUCGCCGCCUGUCCUCAAUUUAUUACUUAUUUUAUUAGAUUUAUUUAUUAAAUGCUUUCCUUCUUACAAUUUAUCACCAAUGAUAAAUUGAGAAAUACAGCAUUAAUAUGACCACCUUCCCUCUUGUUUAUCUAUAACAUAGGAUUUCCCAGGUAAACUACUUCUGAACAUGGAGGCUCUCUUCUUAGCUAUGACCAUUUUAUCCUCCAUGGUUUCCCCCCCCCCCUUUUAAAAGCCACGUGAUUUGGGCCACGGCCAGAUGCAAAGGAAGAGGACGAGGCUCUUGCGUCUUCUUAAGAGUUCCAUAGAAGUGGGAAUUCCAGCAAGUGCAACUCCUCUCAUCCCCUUCACGAUACGUUCCCACCUGGCAAAAGUCCCAUUCAAGCCCUGCCUUCUUUUGCACCUGGCCACGUCACAAUAUUUCAGCGGGAAGGAAUUCCACAGAGUUAAUAUUAUACUUUGCAAAAGAGAAGCCAGGGGCUACCUUGUGCUCCAGAGGGAUUUAAGGAAGAGAUAAUUCCGAGAAGGGAUCUGCACUGCUUUGUGCCAGCUUUCGCAAGCUCGCCUGAUUUAUUUAUAUGUAUAUUUUAAACACUGCUGGCUGAGCAGUUUUAGCAUCACCUUUGGGGAUGCAGAAAUCCGUGGUCUCCUGCCACCACCUCUCUCUCCCAGCCUGGCCUGGCCUGAAGUCCUCCUCCUCCUCCCUGUCAGGGCACCCGUGACCUCUCCAUCUCCUUGAAGGAGAGAAGGCAACGGGGCAGUGGAUGGUGCCCAGCAACCGGCUUCACCUUGUAUGGACAGUGGCAGGCAGCUGGUGAUGCCUGGGGAAUGUGAUGAGGCAGGCAAGGAGGGAGCGAGAGAGACACUUAAUGCGCUUGUGGAAAAGCGAGCUGGGGUGCAUGGGGACAUCUAGGGUUACCGUGCCUUGUCAGGUGGAGGAAGGGGGCAGGCGGAGGGGAAAGCCUCUGCGGGUGCUGCCUCUGGGGUAUUGCUAGGGCAAAAAGCUUGCCCCCAUCUGCUCCAGCCUGCACUCCUUGGUCUUGAGGGCACCUACAAUAUAUCCUCAUCGCCACCAUCGAACAAUUCCCCAAGGGUGGCUGUGGGUCUUGCUUUUCAGAGGUCACUCCUCCAUUUGAAAGCCUGUUAAGUCUGAUUUCAGUAUAAAGAACCAUCAGAACAGGAGAGGCCUGGGCAAUCUAGAAAGCAAGCAAGCUGAGCAUGCAGGCACCCUGGUCAUUGGGAGACAGUCUUUGUAUGCAUUUCUAUUUAAAUGAUAUUAAUGCAUCUAUACCUAUAAAGUAGCACACACACAUUUUAACUCAAUCUGUGUUCUCUUCUGCUCUUUUGCCCUAUUUUUGGCAGGCAGUGGCCACCCUCAAGUCUCCCCAAACCAGGCAUUUAUGAGGGUACUCGUUUCCUACAAUAUUCCCCUGUUUAGGCUGCAAUAAACCCAUUUUACUAGGGCAUUCUCCCGAGCAAACAUGGUUUGGAUUGCUCUGUUAGGCUCCUUGGCUGUGUAUGCAUCAUACAUUUAAAGUGCAUUCGCCCCCCCCCCUCCAAAAAUAAUCCUGGGAAAUGUAGUUUGUUAAGGGUGCUCUGCUAGGGGUAAACUAUAGUCCCCAAGAUUCUUUGCAAGGAGGGUGUGCUUUAAGUGUGCUUUGAAUGUGCAGUAUGUAUGCAGCCCUUAUGCAGUAUAACCGAGUGCCAGGUAACUUGACAGAAGAUCAUAUAAACCACUUUAGAAUGGCAUAUGGUUAUAUGUUACCUCAUAAAUAACUUGGUCAUGGGAGAACUUGGAGGGGGCCGGGGAGAAGGGGAGGGAGAGAGAUGUUUGGGAUAGGGACGCAGCCUUGUCCAUGUGGUAGAGGUGGCAAGUGAUUUGUUUUAAUCUGAGGCACGGAGAAGAGGCAAAUGCUCAGUGGGUGUGAUGAACAGAGGGAGAACUCUUCAUUGUGGCUUCAUCUAGAUUGCAGGAUCAGAAUACAGCACAGCCAAAUAACAAUGUAUUUCAGUGUACUGGUUUUGAGUAGAAAUAUUAUUAUUUCUUCUUCUUCCCCCCUUUUUCUUUCCUUUCCCCUCCUUUCUCUAUGUCUAUACUAGGCACAGUAUUUCUUCUUCUUCCUCCUCUUCCUCCUCUUCCUCCUCCUCCUCCUCUUCUUCUUCUUCUUCUUCUUCUUCUUCUUCAUGGAUGCCUUAAAUGGGCUCUGAUUCUAACCAGUUCACUGGAAUCGACUGCAUUUGCUUUUGCCACUUGCGUUGUUGUUCAAAGAGAACUUCAAAAGUCAGGGUUGGCCAGAGCAGUCUUUUCUGACCUAGUACCUUCCAGAUGUCUUGAACCCAAACUCCUUUCAACCCCAGCCAGCCGUGGUGCCUGGCACUGAUGGGAGUUAUAGCCCAAAAUGUCUAGAAGACAUCAGUUUGGCGAAGGCUGAGUGUGAGUGCUAGGCAAGGACUCCGCCAUGGAGCUCCCUGGGUGUCCCUGCACUGGUCAACAUCUCUCUGUCCAAGCAACUUCACAGGGUUGCUAUGGGGGUAAAAUGAUUGAGGGGAGAACCAAUUAUGCUUCUCUGCGCUUCUUGGGGGAAUGGCAGGGUAAAUAUGUAAUGAUAAACUGCAUGUAAUACUAAGUUAGUUAAUGCAGGGAAAGCCUGGGUGGUUCCCCAGCCAGCAUAACCAAUGGUCAGGGAUGAUGGGAAUUGUAGUCCAACAAUAACUGGAGGGCCCCAUGUUGGCUACCCUCUGAGUUAAUGGGUGGAACAAUCCGAAAUCCAUAUUAAGAAAUGCCGGGGGGGGGGGGAUGGGGAAUAAAAUAAAAUGUCAUACAAAAAUGAACCCUAUUGCCUUAACCUAAAUAAAUGCAAACUGCACCAGAUUUUGUUUAUGUAAACUGUGGACUUUGAAAUGUGGAAGUUUACACUUGAAUUUGCACAAACAUUGUAGCACUUCAAAAGUUGCCAUCUUCUCUGGUUUUUGUGUGAACUAGGCCUGACUUUAACUGCAGACGGACUAUGGUUUUUAAGAGAGCCGGAACUAGCAGAAGAUUCACUUUCCAAGGGUUUACACAAGGGGAAAUAUUGGGUUGUUUUUGUUUAUAUUAUUUAUAUUAUAUGUUUUCUGUUUUUUAUAUUGUGAUUUUAUGCUGUGAACUGCCCUGAGAUCUACGUAUAAAUGGUGUUAUACAAAAUAAAUAAAUAAAUAAAUAAUGAUAAUGAUAAUACACAGAUAUUUGCCUAUCUGUGUUAAAUCUUUUGAAAACAGGUGUUACAGGUUUUUGAAACAAUACUGGGAGUAGUACAGUGAACGGGAAUCGAUUUAUUUUGGUCCUUGACCAGAGUGCAAACAUAUACAACAACAGAGAGCAUACAGAUAUAGAUUAAAAUUAAGCUCGAUGAGCUGAUACACGAUAAAUAAUUCAGAUAUAAAACAGCUAAAAUAUAUAAAUUAAAACCUUAACCGCUAAUUUAAAAUCACAUAUUAAGAUAUUGGCUGUUAGAUUCAUUCAGAGCUUGUCGCAGGAGUACAGUACCUCCUGAGCAGUGAUCCUUCAUUGAAACCAUUUGCUUUUUUUGGGGGGGGGGACCCUCUCUGUCUAAUCCAAGUCAGUAUUGGUCUGUUUUCUUUUUGCCCAUUUUGGCGACCCUGACUGGCCGUGCCUUCAGUGUCUACUAUCCUCUACUGCCCUCCAGUGGCUAGCCACCCCCCUGGUUUUCUGACAUACCCUCAUUUUCCUCUCUGCACUCUCUUCACAGGGCUCUUGAGGCCCACCUCUUCUUACCCUUCUCUGGCCCUUCUUACUGCAGGCAUAUUUGUCCAGGGAUUCGUGCAGAGACAGAAUGAGCAGCCUCCUCUGUGGGAUGCAUCAUUUGGCCUCCCAUUGAUCACUUUAUUUCUUGUGGCACUCUAGCGGUUUCCUCAUGCCACAAUAUAGUAGUCUGUUCUGCCCUCACAGUCUAGGAAUUAUUUUUUAUGUUAAAUUUUUACCCUUGCUUUUUCCCUUCAGUGAAGAUGUUCAGAGCAGCUAACAGUUAAAAAGAAAUAAAUGAACAAUUACCUGUCGGUGACUAGAACUCAUAAAUAUUUUCUUUCUUUCUUUCUUUCUUUCUUUCUUUCUUUCUUUCUUUCUCUUUCCCUCUCCAGUCGGUGACAAAGUCCCGGCUGAUAUUCGCAUCAUUUCCAUCAAAUCCACCACUCUGCGUGUGGACCAGUCCAUUCUGACAGGUAUGGUAGAUGCUGCUGUCAAUGUUCAUAAUCGUAUUAUUAUUACUGAUAUUACCGUUUCUUUAGCUUUCUCCCUCCCUGCUUUCCUUUUCCUCAUGGGCCUGUUUAUUUUAAUUGUUUACCUUCUGGGCAGAAUUUUCUCAUGGCUAAUUUUACGUCUCACUUGUGUGAAAAGCAACUAAUAUAAUAUAAAUAUAAUAUAAUAACAUAUUGUAAAAUGCCUUGUUAGGCACUUAAGAAGUAGCGAGAAUGUAGUUUAAAAUCUCAACAAGCAAGAGAAGACCUGGGAAAAUAGACAUGUCUUGAGGCUCCUCUCAGUGAGUGGGUCGGUGGGACUACAGAGAAAUAUUUGCAGGGGGUAGUGAGCUCCAUGGAAAGAAAGCAGUGGGUAAGAUAAAAUUCAGUGGAAAAGGAGUUGAGGAAGGGUUAAGCUCCCCUUCCUGUCUGGCGUUUACCCACUGAAAAGUGCAUGUGUGUGUCUUCCCCAUGGGACAUGUGUUUAUGCACUACGUCUUGCCUGUACCCACUUAGUCCACCAUGGUCCCUCCUUGACAAUUUAACUGUUUCUUGACCCCAACCAGGCGAGUCUGUUUCCGUGAUCAAACACACUGACCCCGUCCCAGAUCCCCGUGCUGUGAACCAGGACAAGAAGAACAUGCUGUUCUCUGUGAGUGUGACUGACAGGGCUGACGACCUAACCUUGCCCACACACAGGUCCAAUGUCAAUGUUUUGGGGGGACUCAUGGGCACCACUGAAAUGCAUCUCCCCAAUAAUGUGUCGUGGGGAGUGGGGUGUGGGUGUGAUGUGACAUCACUGUAUUUGCAUUUCCCCGCCCUCUCAAGCAGCAGCCAAUGAAACAGAGCUGGUAAGGCUAAUGCAGUGAGAUUACAUCACACCCUUUUCAUCUAUAGGUCGCUGGAGAAAAUCAGAGAGAAGGCAAGAGUAGAUGCCUGUGGCUUUCAUGUGUCUCCCUAGUAAUGGCAGGGUCAUAAUAUCAUAUCCCCCACUGCCUCAAGCAGCAGCCAGUAAGCAAAAGUGGAAAUGUUAAUAUGAUUGCAUGCCAUGCUCACCCCACCCCCAGUUCCACAUUACAGAGGAGACAAGGCACAACCAAAGUGACCUGCAAUCUUGCAAGCAGAGUAAUUAUGCAUAUUAAGUACCUUUGCACAUACUUGCCUAUUUUAAAUAAAUUUAUUUUGCUUCUGUUACUCACUGGGAGCAGAAAAAAGGAGUUACACAGUGCACGGGAGAUACUUCUGUCUUGGGAGUUACUGUUACGUGACAGGCAGGGAGGUGGCUCUCAAGAUGUCUAACAGAAAUCCCUGCAUUUCACCAAAGUGCAGUUCUUGGGGAAAAGCCAUGACACCAAAUGUGGGAUUGAAAUGGAAUAGGUUUCCAGAAUAGACAUGCACUUCACAGUCUUAAAGGACUAGACAUCUUAUUUAGCCUAGGCCAUGGGUAGGCAAACUAAGGCCCGGGGGCCGGAUCGGGCCCAAUCGCCUUCUAAAUCUGGCCCGCAAAUGGUCCAGGAAUCAGCGUGUUUUUACAUGAGUAGAAUGUGUGCUUUUAUUUAAAAUGCAUCUCUGGGUUAUUUGUGGGGCAUAGGAAUUUGUUCGUUCCCCCCCAAAAAAAAUUUAGUCUGGCCCUCCACAAGGUCUGAGGGACAGUGGACUGGCCCCCUGCUGAAAAAGUUUGCUGACCCCUGGCCUAGGUUCUCAGGACGUGGAUUCUGCACAGGCAGAAUUGCAAAACUGCACAGGUCCCACAGCCUCCUUUAGCACCAUUUCCACUAUAUCUUUUCUUCCAGCAUGUUUGUAGAGUGUCCCUCUCCUUCUUUCCCACUGAUCUUUGCUCCCUCCCCACCCCCCACCCUCGCUUCAUCCUCCACCUCCCUGCAGGGUACCAACAUCGGUGCAGGCAAGGCUGUUGGCAUCGUCAUCGCCACAGGUGUGAGCACCGAGAUUGGCAAGAUCCGUGAUGAGAUGGCGGCCACCGAACAAGAGAAGACUCCCCUGCAGCAGAAGCUGGACGAGUUUGGCGAGCAGCUGUCCAAGGUCAUCUCCCUCAUCUGCGUGGCUGUCUGGCUCAUCAACAUUGGGCACUUCAACGACCCCGUCCAUGGCGGCUCCUGGAUCCGCGGCGCCAUCUACUACUUCAAAAUCGCUGUGGCCCUCGCUGUGGCUGCCAUCCCAGAAGGUCAGCUGAGGCCAUUCCAGUUUCCCACAUCCACCUGUUGUGGGGCUGAAGAGGGCCAGUCGGUUCCUUCCUUUAAAAAUAGCUCUUGCCGUCAUCAUAUUUUGGGGUUUUUAUUUUUCUAUCUGCAGUUGCUGUUUGUUGGGUGCAUUUUGCUUUGCUAACUGUCUUGUACGCUGAACUGUGGACAUGUUAUCCAGAAGUUUUACAAAAAGGAGCCAAAGUUAGAGAUAAAAGCAAAGGUGCAAUAUUACAAGCAUCGUUUUUUAAUUAACCACCUGCACGCUGAACAAUAUGGUGUAAAAAAGCCAUUCUAAAAAAGUUAUUUGAAGGCACUGCUGAUGUACUAGCAGGAUGGACAACAAAAAAUGGCUACAGCCACCCAUCAUUCCUUCCUUGCAUGGGCUAAACAGUUUUCAGCUUACCUGCGCCAAAGGAUUGUGUGGCAUUUCUUCAACAAAACGGAAGUUGAAUGAACUUCUGCAUUAUAUCUUGAUGUAAUUUGCAGUCAGACAUUUAACAUGCAUUUCCUCAUUUGCAAAAGGAUAUAGGAGCUGCCUUGUGCUGCUAGUUUAUAAAUGGCUAGUCCGUGGCUAGGAGCUGGAGAAAAAUUCAAUUCAGUUUGUGUUUAAUGGUGAACCUACCUAGUUCGCACUUCCCAAAGCAAACACAAACACAUUCUUCCAAAUUCCCACUUCUCUGCAAUUUGCAGUGCAGUUCUCCAGUCAAGCAGUAUAUCACAAAAUGAAUAUACUAGGGUGAAGUGUGCAUUACCAUGCAUGCAUUAUUAAAAAUAACAGGAAAAUGCAUUAUAUAUCGGCAGCCACAGUGGAAGUGGAGGGACAGGAUGAUCGGGCCCUAUCCAGAUUCAGUGUUAUCGCCUGGCAGAUUUGAGACUCACCCAGAUUUAGUGGGUCCAGAGUCAUCUCAGUCCCACCCCUGCUCCACCUUGAGAAUGACCCAUUUCAGGGCAUACAUAUGCUUCAGCAGCUGACAGGAGACCAGCUGAACCGGCAGAGCUGGGUAAAGGGCUUCCACCACAAAUUCUCUCCCCAUACCAUCUGAUGUAUAGGGGGUUUGGAUUGCUCUGCCCAUGCUUUAAUGCUGAUUUGUACUGUUGUACGCUGCUUUUUUUAAAAAAAAAGGUGGUUUACCCAAAAUAUUAUUAAAUGAAUAAAUCUGCACAAGAGGUAGUGUGGUGGGCAGUAGGAGCUGAAGGGGGUGGAGGCAGCCGAGAGUAUCUGAAACCAAAGCCAGCAAAUGGGUGGCAGCUGCUUGAAUGCUUCGCCCAUUCCUACGGCUAACCUUUCCCUUUCGCCUCCUCUUCCUCCUCCUCCUCAGGCCUUCCUGCCGUCAUCACCACCUGCUUAGCCCUGGGCACUCGCCGUAUGGCCAAGAAGAAUGCCAUCGUCAGAAGCCUGCCCUCCGUGGAGACCUUGGGCUGCACAUCGGUCAUCUGCUCCGAUAAGACUGGCACCCUCACCACCAACCAAAUGUCUGUUUGCAAGGUAAGUGGGAAGCUUGAGGCCUGCACUUUUGUCACGAAGUGCCUCCUGCCCACGUCAGUCGCCUUGACCCUGCCUCUUCUUUCUCCUUCUCUUUGCAGAUGUUUGUCAUUGACAAAGUAGAUGGAGAUAUGUGCUCUCUGAACGAAUUCUCUAUUACUGGUUCCACCUAUGCCCCUGAAGGAGAAGUGUGAGUGACUCCUAAAGAAACCCCAACCCUAAACAGUUUUCUUAAUCCAUCACCCUGAAAGGGGGGGGGGGGAUGAGACACCGUUAAAACCCUAGUGCAGGGGUCAGCAAACUUUUCCAGCAGGGGGCCAGUCCACUGUUCCUCAGACCUUGUUGGGGGCCGGACUAUAUUUUGAAGAAGAAAAAUGAACGAAUUCCUAUGCCCCACAAAUAACCCAGAGAUGCAUUUUAAAUAAAAGGACACAUUCUACUCAUGUAAAAAAUACGCUGAUUCCCGGACCGUCUGCGGGGCGGAUUUAGAAGGCGAUUGGGCCUGAUCCGGCCCUCGGGCCUUAGUUUGCCUAUCCAUGCCCUAGUGCGUCACUUUGGAUAAUUGGGUAACUCUCCCGAGAGCUUGACUCCCAAUCCUUUCUCUUGCUUCUCCCAUAUGUGGCACAGUCUAAAGAUGCCUCCAUCCCAUUUCUGCUUCAUUUCUGAAGCUAAGGCAGAUCCGUGGGGCAGCCCAAGAAGCCACCUUGGAAGCUGAUAGUCAGUGCUCUGAGCUGUUUGAAGGAAUGGCAAACUACAAACCAAGCAGACACAUAUGAUCUAAUCUUAAAACUGUCUGAAUCUUAUUUCUAACUCUUAACCUCACACCGAAAGAAAUACAGUACCUCAAUUUUUGCUCAUUGGCCUCCUAGCAUUAUGAUCACCCUAUAACCCAGGGCUGGGGAAGCUGUGACACCAGUAACCCUCAGUUCAUCUCUCUGCUGUUUGUUUUUGUGCUGUCGCUUACGUUUUUCUGUCCUUCAAUUCCUUUCUCUCUUGCACAUGCAGUAUGAAGAAUGAUAAGCAAGUCAAGGCUGGGCAGUAUGAUGGGCUCGUUGAACUGGCUACUAUCUGUGCCCUUUGCAAUGACUCCUCUCUGGAUUUCAAUGAGGUGAAUGCUUCUCUCUUGGUUCACAUCCAGCCUUCCAACAAUUGCCUUCAGUUUUGGAUGCUUCAUUGUUUAUUAAUAGUGAUGGCUUCCCCCAAAGAAUUAUGGGAAUUGUAGUUUGGUGAGGGCAAUAAGAAGUUUCUGAUAGAUAUUGAUUAAUAAAAUUUAAUAGGCACUCUUCGACUGAAAGCUUCGAGAGCAACUUACACAAUGUAAAACAGUAAUAAAAUAAUGAUUAUUUUUUUAAAAAAAUAAAAAACUACUAUUAAUCAUCAUUACAAUAAUAAAACCAGCAGCAACAGAACAAGCGUAAAAACAAAAUUGCCAACUAAAUUCAGGUUUAUUACAGCAAACAGACUGCAUAGGUUUAAAAGAUGAUUAAUUAAAGUGGGUAAGUAAAGUGAUUUUCAUUUGACAUUGAAAAGAUGCCAAAUUCAACACCAAGCAUUCCUCUGACAGAAGCAAAGGACUCUUAAACCAGUUUAAGUGUAAGAGUGCUCACAGUGAUGAGGCUGCUACUUUUUUGUACUUGGGGAAAUGUGGGCUACUUUUUAGGGUGGUGGGCACAAAUUUUACUGCCCUCUCCCUUCCCCACCCACACCUCGCCACCCACAUACUGUUUUUUUAAAAAUUAAUCCAUGUAUUUAUAUACUACCACCUGGAGGGAAAAAAUCAUGGUGGUAUACAACUACGUUUUUAGUAUGUUUUUAUCAUUGAUGUUCUGCAAUGUGUUUUAAUAUUGUAAACCGCCCUGGGAUAUUUUCAUUCAGAUUCGUAUUUUGUCAGAAUCCCUGCAGCUCUUGGCUGUGCCCAAGUGUCUAACUCUCAUCUUCUUCUGCCCAUUUUCUCCCUCCCACCCAAGUCCAAAGGUGUAUAUGAGAAGGUGGGUGAAGCCACCGAAACUGCCCUUACCUGCUUGGUUGAGAAGAUGAACGUCUUCAACACAGAUGUGCGCAGCCUCUCCAAAGUGGAGCGUGCCAACGCUUGUAACGCUGUAAGUAUUGUCUGCUGAGGACCCCUUCUCUUCAGGGCCCUGCGUUGCUUCUCUUUUGGUUUCUCUCUCACUCUUCCAGUCUUAAAUUCCAUUCCUCCACAGUUUGUGGUUUUUCUUAAAGUCCUCAUGAAAAUUCCUCAGCAUUUUAGUUUGAAUUUCUCCUAAUAUACACAUCUUUGGAAGCAUUUUUGCCCAAUAUACACAUUUUUAAGAUGCAAUUUUCAUUUUUGUUUCACAUAUAUAUUUGUUUCAAUGCACACUUUACCCUAGUAUGAUUCAUACACAUUACAUGGCUGAAGAACAGCAAUGAAGAAGUGUAAAUUUCAAAGGAUGGCUGUGUUUCAGAUUGUGUAUUGUGCAAAUUAAAGUGCAAAUUAGGUAGGUUCACCUUUAAAUGUAAAUAUCUAUCUAUCUAUCUAUCUAUCUAUCUAUCUAUCUAUCUAUCAACACAAGAUUCUCUCCAAUACCUUAGUAAGAAGUGCAUUUACUCCCAGCUCCUGUUGAUCAGGCUAAUGAACGCACAAGCACUGGCAUUAAAGAAAAUGAACUGAUAUUGAUUUUUAUAUAUUAGUAACUUUAUGUUAAUGAAACGUUUUUAUAUGUAAUUGAGUAUUUUUGCAGUAUUUUGUUUAAGUUGUCUGUUGUUGCUUCAGUUUUCUGUACACGUUUGAUGAGGUGAAUAAGGUGCCACGAGGCUCUUGGUUAUUUUUGCUGAAACGGACAAACACAGCUACCCCACUGAAAGUUGAUAGCUAAUAAAAGUUUUAAGUAACAUUUCUGAGCGCUCCAAAACUUUCACAUACAUUAUAUUCAUGUAAUCCUUAGAACGAUCCUGCAAGGUAGCUUAGUCCUAUUCCUCACCAUUGUAGUCUUAGCUGCAGCUGAGAGAAAUAAGCUUGCCUAAGGCCACCAAGAGCUCAUCCUUCUCAUACCUCAGCAUUGCAAAUUAUCUUCUCCUACCUUCCUUAUAAAGCCCCGCUCCCUAGGAUAUAAGUGGUGAUGUCUAUAGACUUCUGUAUGUCUCUGCUGUGGUUCCAUUGGUUGAAUGUAAGAGUUCUGCCCACCUACUCAGCUUCCUGUUCUCACAGUGACUAGCCAAAUGUGUACAGGAAGCCCCCAAAUAGGUCUUAAUCAUAACAGCACUCCCUCCACUUGCCGUUAAUUCCCAGCUACAGUGGUACCUCUGGUUACGUACUUAAUUCGUUCCGGAGGUCGGUUCUUAACCUGAAACUGUUCUUAACCUGAAGCACCACUUUAGCUAAUGGGGCCUCCUGCUGCCGCUGCGCUGCUCCUGCACGAUUUCUGUUCUCAUCCUGAAGCAAAGUUCUGAACCUGAGGUACUAUUUCUGGGUUAGCGGAGUCUGUAACCUGAAGUGUCUGUAACCUGAAGCGUAUGUAACCCGAGGUACCACUGUACUGAUAUUCAGAGUUACACUGCAUCAGACAGUGGAACGGAACUCUGCCAUUGUAGUUUGUAGUUGAUGAUUGCCUUCUCCUCCAUGAAUUUGUCUAUUCCUCUUUUGGAGCUACUCUUGUGAGAGCAAAUUCCAUAGCUUCACUUUGUGGUGUGUGUCCUGGCAAUGUCGAGCAGGUUUUAACCUAUUCCCUCCCGCUUCCCUUUUCCUCCAUUUCCCCAGGUGAUCAAACAACUCAUGAAGAAAGAAUUCACCCUGGAGUUUUCCCGCGACAGAAAGUCCAUGUCUGUUUACUGCUCCCCAGCAAAAGCUUCCCGGGCGGCUGUUGGAAACAAGAUGUUUGUCAAGGUCAGCAGCGCCCCGUAUGACUGUGUCCCAUCUCCCUAGCAACCCCAUCUUUGGCCCUGGCUCAGAUGUUUGUCUACUACGUUUUAAUCCUGCCUUUUCUUUGAGGAGCUCAGGGUGGCAAGGUUCACCCCAACCCCACCUCCCAUUUAUUCCUCACAGCAACUCUGUGAAGUUGCUUUGCCAGAGUUGUAACAAUUGCCCCAUGAUUGUUUAGCAAGCUUCAUGGCUGCGUUGGGAUUUGUACCUGAAUUUCUUCCUAUUCCGAAUCUAAAAAUUUAGCCACUGGGCUGAACUACAUUGCACUUCAGGUUCCUCCAUACACAAAAAUAAUGCAUAAAUAAAAUCCUCCAUAUAGAAAACUAGUGUGUCAACUCCCUAACUUCUAGUUUUCUAUGCACAAAGUAGAUUUUUGUAUGGAAGGGCAUUCAGUCAUGUGAGUCAUCUGCUGCAGAAACACAUGAGACUGUGGAAGGAGAUCAUCAUUGCAACCAAGGAUCUCUAAAUUACCCCUUUCACUUAUUUUACCCAUGAAAACAGUUUGUGUGGCGAUUCCCGCCCCCUCCCACAGAUGGAAUAAAUAAAGACACAGGACACCAGAAUUUAGGUUAAUGGGCAAAAAAUGGCCACAACUUUAUUGAUUACAGGUAAGAGCGGUAUUGGCUUUAGGCAUUGGCCCUAUCAGACUAACCGGUAUAACCGGGAAGGGUUAAGCACCAACAGGGGGAGCCCCCGAGAUGCACAUCCCUAGGCGCUCCCCGAGGGGUUACUGCUCGGGAGCGUGCUUUAGCCCCUAGCCUCCAUAGGUUUCGGAUGAGGCAACGCCCCCCGGAGUCCUUUAACGAACUACCCUUCAACAUUUGGGGGAGGUGAUGGCGUUCCUCCCCCCCAACUCAUUUGCAUAAUAAUACCCCUGCCAAUGCCUAACCGCCACACGAGCCAGCCGCAGCUGCUGAAAGAAAAGAAAGGGGCGAGCAUGGGCUGCCCCGACCUUAAAUGCCCCCUACUAGUCCCUCCCCCGCCACCAGCCGAUUGGCUGGCGCAGUGAAUGAUGAAUACUAAUGAAUCCCGGGAUUCCCCUAGUCCCGUGGGGCUACUGCCAGCCCCGCGAGGGUGUGAAUGUGGCGUGAGCCCGCAACCCCCCCCUCCGUAUGUCGGGAGUGGCUUUCCAGGAGACUGGCUUGCAGCUUCCCUGACCCAUGCACUACUUGGAAAUUGCUGAGGGUCUUGGCAGACCCCCCCAUAAUAAUUUGUCUGCGUGUUGUGGCAAUAAUUAUAAUAAAUAUUUUUUUAUUUAUCCCCCGCCCAUCUGGGCGGCUUCCAACACACAUAAUAAUCAUAAUAAAACAUCGAAUAUCAAUAUUAACAAACAUAUCCUAUAUUAAAAGUCAAAAUAACUUUAAAACAAACAACUUAUAUCAAAUAAAGCAAUAUUCAAUAACCCAUUGGAAUCCAAAUUAAACACCAGCAAAUAAUAAUUAAACACUUAUCCAUUACAAUAAAGAAUCUAUAAUCAAUAAAAAUAACAGCAAACCACACUGCAUAAAAUACCACAAAACAUUUUAAAAAAUGUAAAAGGGUCAGAUUGAGAAACAAGGACCCACAACUUAUAAAAUUAUUUUUAAAAACUAUCCCUGGACUCCUCUCUUCCCAGUUGUUCUGCUGUUCUCAAAGUCAUGGUCUGGGAAAGUCUCCCGGGGCUGGAGGGUGGGGCAAGGCAGGUGGAAAAGCUGUUGCCUGCAGAAAAUCUCUCUCCCCUCAGUUCUUCCUCUGCAGCAGAUGCUGUGUUCUGCUAGAUGCAGUAUUAUUUUAAAUUGCAUUUUAUUGCUUUUUUCAAUAUUGUAUUUUAUUGUAGCAUGAUUUGAAUUAUGCAGAAGAAAUAAAAGAGGCAAUAAAAAUCCAAUUAAAAAUCAAUAUGAAUAUUUCACGUGGCAGCUGUGCCGUCUCCUGUCUCCAACCACAAAUCCAUAUAGACAUGGGAUGGACCGCCUGACUGAAACUCAAGGACCAUUGAUGGUCCAUGGACCACAGCCUGGGAACUUCUUUUCCAGAACUUCCAUAUAAAAGCUCUAGUACCUGGUCAGAAAUACCGUUUGCCACCCAGCUCGCUUUCCCCUCAAGUCACAAUAUCUGUUUUUACUUCUUUCUCACGUACAGGGCGCCCCUGAGGGUGUGAUAGACCGUUGCAACUAUGUCCGUGUGGGCACCACCCGCGUUCCCCUCACCCCCGUCGUCAAGGAGCACAUCAUGGGAGUCAUCAAGGAGUGGGGCACAGGAAGGGACACCCUCCGCUGCUUGGCCCUGGCCACCCGUGACACCCCCCCAAAGAGGGAAGACAUGGUCCUUGAGGACUCCACCAAAUUCGCUGACUAUGAGGUAACGCUGAGGGCAAAUCGCCUGGUGAGUGACAGGGAGGAUGGAGUGCAGAGUUAAGGUGAAGAGCUGAAAGGAAUUUAGGGAAAGGAUUCCCUCAAGCCAAUUCUUCUUCUUUCCAAAAAAAAUGUGAACGUAAAACUCCUGUUUCAGGCUGCAUUGUUGUGGUUGUCUGUACAACAUUCCCAAUUAUGGAUUCUGUUGGAUUUUAGGGAAAAUGUGUGCAGUACUGAAUUUGGUACGUUAAUAUUUACAGUGCCUUAAAAUGCCUUGGCAGGACUUAGCCCUCAGUACCACUGUCCUCACAUUUCUAACACAAGUUUUAAGAGAAUAACCGUUUUCUUAAGGUGAAUAAAGAGCACCUCUAGGCUCUCAGGCAGAUAAUUUUUGUAUUUUUUUUAAAAAUUGCCCCACCUUUUCUUCAAUUUGCUCAUGGUGGUGCACAUGACCCCACACAUGACCUCACCCCUUGUUAAGUAGGUCAGGCUGAGGGAGGGCGACCGGCCCAUGGUCACCCAGUAAGCUUUGUAGUUGUGGCUUCUCCCCAAAGUCCAACCCGGCAACCAUUCAGCGACAGUUGAUCUCAACACUGGGAGAGUUGAAACUUUUCUUUUUCAUUUACCGGCUGUUGAAGAGCUGCAGAUUAGUCCUUCUAGCGAUCAGACGGGCUGUGAGCUUUUGUCCACUGCUUUCGGAGCCUAUUCUGAGACAUCUCCCUUCCACAGAUGGACCUGACCUUUGUGGGCUGCGUAGGCAUGUUGGACCCACCCCGCAAGGAGGUGAUGGGCUCCAUCCAGCUGUGCCGUGAAGCCGGCAUCCGCGUCAUCAUGAUCACAGGCGACAACAAAGGCACAGCCAUUGCCAUCUGCCGCCGCAUUGGUAUCUUCAAAGAGGAGGAGAACGUGUCUGGCAGGGCCUACACCGGCCGUGAGUUUGACGACUUGCCCUUAAGCGAGCAGCGGGAAGCCUGCAAGAGAGCCUGCUGUUUCGCACGUGUUGAGCCAACGCACAAGUCCAAGAUUGUGGAGUUCUUGCAGGGUUUUGAUGAAAUCACAGCCAUGGUGAAUAGACGGACGGCAAUGGCAGGGUGGGAGGAUGGUUGGAAGGGCAACAGAGGGCUUGUAGCCAGCAAGACCUAUCUUGAGGGUACAGAGGGAAAUAAUGUAUACCUGUGCAUAUCAUCAUGCGUGAAUAUUGCCCACGGAAGUGUCUGUUUUACAGAAUGCAUGUGAUGGGAAUUCGCUGCCAAGAAACAGACAUAUAGGCAGCCAUUACAUAUGAUGGUAUACAUGGGUGUCCAUUUCCUCCUCUACUGCAGUGUAGACUUUUAUGUGGAUAAAAGUCCUCUGUGACCCUCAGUUUCACCCCACAUGGCCUUUCUGCAUUAGACCAAAGAUCCCAUCCCAUAUACAGUGGCCAGCCAGAUGUUGCACCAGCAGAGCCUGGAUGCAGCCAUCUUCUCCUGACUGUUGCUUCCCAGCUUCCUCAGUGAAUAGGAGGUUCCAUUUAUUAUCCACCAUCCAGCCCCUUAUUAACCUGUUUUCCAUGCACAUGACUGGUUUGAAAACCAUUAUCCAAAGCUGCCAUAUCCCAAGCCAGUCCAUUUCUCCAUCUAGCCCAGUGCUGUAGGCACUGAAAGGCAGAUGCUCACCAGGGUUUCGGACAGGAGUCCUUCACAGCCUUACCUGGAUAUGCCAGGGAUAUAACCCGGAGCAUUUUGUAAACAAGGCUGAGCUACGGCCUUUCUUCACGCAAGCUAGUGGCCAUCACUGCAUCUUGCAAGAAAUGCAUUCCAUGUCCUGAAACUCUUGCCCCUUUCAUUGCUUGACCCCGGGUUCUAGUGGAGAGAGAAAAUCUCUCUCUUCGUUGUCUCUAAACCAUUCACAAUUUUAUAAACUAGUAUGAAGCCCUCCUCCCCAGCCAGAGAGACCCAAAUGCUUUGUGCUUUCCUAUUAGAAAAGAUCCCUAUUCACUUUUGCUUGCCCCUUCCCCCAGCUCUAUGAUAUCCUUCGUGAUAUCUUUCGUGCAAAAGUGCAAGGUUCUUCUGGCCUUGGAAAUGAAAUCUCCCCAGCUAGGCUGCUGCAUUUGAUCCCCUCUGCCUCGGUUGACUCCCUGUCUCCUUCCGCUUCCUCCUGGUAGACCGGUGACGGUGUAAAUGAUGCCCCAGCUCUGAAGAAGGCUGAGAUUGGUAUUGCCAUGGGCUCUGGCACCGCUGUAGCCAAGACCGCCUCAGAAAUGGUGCUGGCAGACGACAACUUCUCCACCAUUGUGUCCGCCGUUGAGGAGGGCCGGGCCAUCUACAACAACAUGAAACAAUUUAUCCGCUACCUCAUCUCCUCCAACGUGGGUGAGGUCGUCUGGUAAGGGAUCCCCCUCCCUCAUCCCCUUCACGAAGCCUUCAUUAGGCAAGCCCUGCCACCAGGCUGACUAGGCUCAGCGAAAGGGCUGAGAGAGUCCGAUAGCAUGAUAUUUGUGGCCAGGCCGGCCUGCCCUCUGGCAGCUGCACAUGUCACCACUGCUUCACAAGGGCUUCCUCUCUCCUCACUUUUUGUUUCUCUCUUCUUUCCCUUGCAGUAUCUUCCUCACUGCUGCUCUGGGUCUCCCUGAAGCCUUGAUCCCCGUGCAGCUGCUGUGGGUGAACUUGGUGACUGACGGGCUCCCAGCCACCGCCUUGGGCUUUAACCCCCCCGAUCUGGACAUCAUGAACAGGCCCCCUCGCAGCCCCAAGGAGCCCCUGAUCAGUGGCUGGCUCUUCUUCCGCUACUUGGCCAUUGGAGGUAACACAUUUUUUUCUCCCUGGGGCCCUGCCCUCUUAAUCCAGAAUACGGACAUCCUGCUUCCCUAGUUUUCGCUCCUGUAUACAAAUCCUGUACUCUCUCACCCGAGUCCUACCUACGUGCAGUGCCGGAUUUACGUAUAAGCUAAACAAGCUAUAGCUUAGGGCCCCACUCUCUUGGGGGCCCCAAAAAAUUUAAAGGGGAAAAAAUCCUGGAUGUACAUUUCCAAAAUAUAAGAUAAAAACCAAAUAAAAUAAAACCUACAUACAGCAACAGUGUUUUGUGUUGUGUAGGCUCCUAUGAUGUAAGUAAUGGGCCCCGCUUGCUAGCCUGCUCCCUAAAAUAUCACUGGUUUGCUCAUUUCUAUAUAUAGGGUGCCUACAUUCUGCAUAGACUGGUUGCAUGGCAACAUGUAGCAUGCAGACUGCAGUGCAGCACAGUUGAAUGUAGGUCAAGCUGUUGUAAAUGUAACGGGACUCCUGACCAUUAUCUAAUAUUAAAGUGUGCUUGUAGACUGGUGAUCAGGCAGCAUAGACUAAGGGUAUGGGUCUUAUGACUACUGACUGAUUUCAUGUAAUACAUCAUUUAUUUAUUUUGAUCCCAUUAUAAAAUUACUUAGAAAAAUAUUCAUCUUUAUUAUUUAGUAGGCCUAUAUUAUUUACUAGUACAGUUCCCCAUUACCCCCACUUGCUACUAUAAUACUAUAUAUAAAUAUUACAAUUAAAUUAAAUAUUUUACUUACUUCUAAAGGGCCCCAUUACCUUCAGAACUUAGGGCCUCAUCAGACCUAAAUUUGGCCUGAAACCUGAACCUGUAAUCCAUAUUGAGGGCACCUAAUAAUCCAAAGGAGCACAGCUUCUUUUGCAAUCCGCAUUUGGCCACAACCCUCUCCAUUUCACUUCCCCUGCAGGCUGCUCUUGGAGGGCAGUUGUUUUUUUGGGGGGGAAUUUCUGCCCUCUUCUUCGUUCAUGCUAAGCUUUCCUUUUAACACCUGCGUGCAGGGUAUGUCGGAGCUGCCACUGUUGGUGCCGCCGCUUGGUGGUUCCUGUAUGCUGAAGACGGACCUGGCGUGUCCUACUACCAGUUGGUGAGCUUGAACUUCUGGGUGCUCUACUGGAAGUGAACUGCGGGAGGGCAAGAUCAGUGGUAUUCUGCAACAUGCCCUGUUUUAAUCCUCUUCCCCACUUUCUCCUUCUGCCCCCCAGUCUCAUUUCAUGCAGUGCACAGAACACAACCCUGACUUUGAAGGUUUGGAAUGUGAGAUCUUUGAGUCCGCUGUCCCAAUGACCAUGGCUUUGUCCGUCCUGGUCACCAUUGAGAUGUGCAAUGCACUCAACAGGUAAGGGUGCCCGUGAGAGUCAAUCUUCAGCAUUACUCACAUAGCGCUGCCUUGGAGGUUCUUCAGAGGUAUCCUCCCUAGUCUCAUCCCCCAGAUACCCUGCUUCCUGGCCAGGGCUGUGGUUCCAGGACUGUGAUUCCAUUCAUCUCUUGGGGGGGGGGGGGGGUGACACGACAUAUUACAUACAGGAGAGCCAGCAACUGGCUGAUCUUUAAAGAACCAGUGUCUAUUGAUUUAUAUUGACUGAUGGCUUACGUGUUGGGCUUUCCCUGUCUCCCGCCCCAUGGUAACUUCACCCUGCUUCUCUGUCCUACACAGCCUGUCAGAGAACCAGUCCUUGGUUCGGAUGCCCCCCUGGGUGAACAUCUGGCUUCUGGGAUCCAUCUGCCUCUCCAUGUCUCUGCACUUUGUCAUCCUCUAUGUUGACCCUCUGCCAGUAAGUGUUGUUCAAGCACAGUUUGACUUCCUUGCCAGCUUCAGCAUCAGUUCACUCCUUCUAUGCCUUCUCAUCACCACCCGAUUGCUCAUUCUUUGAUCGCUGGCAGAUAAAUGUGUGAAAGGCUACGUUGAAAAACACUGGCGUCGUGCUGUGUUUGGUGAUAUAGAACUGUUUGCCCUUCAUGCUUAAAAUAGUAAUAAUUAAGACAUUGUGCCCUUAACUGGGAGAUCAACCCCCGCUUAAAUCCAUGACACUUACUUUUGAGCAGACUGGUAUAGGAUUCCACUGUUUAUUAGUUGCACUUAGUUUCCAUAGAAAACAGCGCUUGAGUUAAGGCAUCAUGAGUAACUUGUCCCACGGAUUUCGAUGGCGGCAAAGGCUGCAGUUCUAACUCUUCUUACCUGAGAGUAAGCACCAUUGUAUUCAGUAGGGCUUCCUUCUGAGUAGACAAGGUUAGGUUUGCACUGUUAGUCUGGACCCAGCCCAUGAUAGCUAAUUUUUAGGGGUUUCGAUCGUUGUUCUCUUCAUUUUCACACCCAUUUAUUAUUAUUUUUAAUCCUCAUGAAAAUUCAUCAUUUUAAGGUGAAUUUCUCCGAAUAUACACAUUUUUUGUGUUCAAUUUUGCCUUAUAUACAUGUUUGUACAAAGCAUAUUUUCCUAACAUUUACAUUUUCCUCAAUAGAAUGCAUUUUGGCGUGUUGUUUUCACUAACACAUGCAUUUCUAUGGACACUCCACAUUAGUCUAUGUGUUUUAGUAAAAGUUACUUGCCUGGAGAAGCGCAUUGCAAAAUUCAGAGAAAUAAUGGUUGUGUUUCGGUUCACCUGUUGUUUCAGGAAGUGCAGGUUAGGUAGAUUUGCCUUUAAGUGUGAACUGAAUUGCAUUUCUCCCCGCAACCCUAGCAAACACUGACCUCUCCCUUUGCUCUUGCUCUUCCCAGAUGAUCUUCAAACUCACCCACUUGGAUAUGCACCAUUGGAUGGUGGUGCUGAAGAUAUCCUUGCCUGUCAUCUUACUGGAUGAGCUGCUCAAAUUCGUUGCCCGGAACUACCUGGAGCGUAAGCCAUCCUCCCCUCCCUCCUCCUUUUGUCUCAAUCCUUGCCCCCACCCCACCCCUUUCAAAGCCUUCUCUUCCUUCUGCCUAUUUAAGGGAGUCAGGAGCACCAGAUGAAAAGCACGGGGGGGGGGCAUCACUGUGGUGAGAAGAGAAGAAACUGAAUGUCCUUCCCUGCUGACCUUUUCUGUCCCAAUUCUUUCCUGUCUUCUUCCUCUCACCCGCCACCAUCUCCAUGUGCACCCAUCCAGGGCAACUCACGUUAGAUGUUAGAUCCAUGGCUGGGGAAAUUUUAGGUGCUUGCUCAUUCAGGGUUCUCCUCCCAGAUGAUCACUUUCAAUGCUGCCUUCUAAGAACUGAAAUAGCCUCUCGGUGCUGUGUGGAACCAGAUGCUUGAAAACUUGACGUUUCUGGUAGAGGCAACAGCAGAUGCAUGCUCUAUAGGGGAUACAGGUGCCUAGAAGUGCCUGGAUAUUGAGGUUGUCUUGUGACUUCUGAGAAUGGAGCGCACUCCACUGGGUUGGAAUCGGUGGAGGAAGGUGAGAUGGGAAAUGCCCAGGAUUAUUGGGUCUUCCCCAAGAAUCUGUAAGUUAAUGUGAAUGACAGAGGAGAACGAGGACUCCUCUUCCAUAUCCAAUGCCCCUAAAUCAGCUUUCCAUGACCUAGUGCCCUUCAGAUGUUUUGGACCAUAAUUCCCACCAGCCUCAGACAACACUGCCAGUGGUCAGGGAUGAUGGGAGUUGUAGUCCAGCAGCAUCUGAAGGGCACAAGAUUGGAGAAGGCUGCCUUAAGUAGUCCUUUAUGGGUUGCCAUCAUUCCAUUCCAUUCCAUUCCAUUCCAUUUCACCCAUCCAGACUAAUCAUCUUCUCCUUGCCCACCUUCUCCCUAACGUCUAUUAACUCUGAUUUCUUUUAUCCUUUCCCUCUUGUAGCAUAGACUCCUUCCCCCUCUAUUCUCCUGUAUCCUGCCUCCCAGGUAUCUUACCACCCUUGACAGCAUGCCUUGCUUGUCCUCUCGGCUGCUCCAUCCUAUCUGUCUGUUCAUCCAUGUGGGAAGAUUUGCAAUAUCUGUGGGGAGCUGGCGGGAAAGUGUCUCUUCUUUGCUUGAACAGUCUCUUUGCUGCAUCUGAAAUUGUCCAGGGAACUGGGACCCAGCUGCUUGGCUGGUGGGUCAGGAGAAAAUCCUGCCCCAAAAAGAGGACUGCUUGUUAACUUUUGACUGCUCCAGGAAACAUUCUCUUUUCACUGAAAUAAAUGAAUUUUAAUUAUAUUAACUAUUCAGUUAAGAGGAGGCAAUAAUUAGCAUUCAGUCAGUAUUUAAAAUUAUGAAAUAUAAUUAGCAAUAAUUUGUGGACAUGAAUUUGGUCAGCGUGGGCCUAAACCCUAAUGCAAGUCAAGGUUGCUAUUUAGCUAGUUUAUAGCUGGCAAUUUGGCUGAGAUGUAUUUUAAAUACUCGGGCUCUAUUUAUUUUAACAAACUAUCCAAGUGGUUUUCAAGCUAAAUACCUUGAGGAAAUCUGCAUUGACUCAUCUGCCAAGGAACCCUGUGCAUUGCAGAGGAUUGUGGGACAUGUUCUAGAACUGACUGUGUUUCUCCAUAGCUCAGUCUACGGAGCAUGAGACUCUUAAUCUCAGGGUUGUGGGUUUGAGCCCCCCGUUGGGUGAAAUAUUCCUGCAUGGCAAGGAGUUGGACUAGAUGAUCCUCAUGGUCCCUUCCAACUCUACUAUUCUAUAAUUCCAUGAUAAAUUUUUCACUCAUAGGUCAGAGCCUGACAUAAGAUAAGUUGCAGCAGUGGUUCCACAAUAUAUCAAUUGCAGUUUGGUGCGGAUGCUACACCAGUUUUCUACGCAUAUCAUCCAUGAAUCCCCCUGAAAAUAGCAACAGUCUAGAGGUGCCCUGAGAAGCCUUCCUGGAACACGGUUUGAAAACCACUAAGCUAUUUUGUAGGGCUGUUUUUAAAAAAGUGGCAACCUUUCAUGCCAAUAAUAACAUGUUAAAGCUGUUUAAUCCCUUUGGGUUUUUUGAGCCCUGCAUUCUAAAUUCCAAAUUCUAAAUUGGAAUGCAUUUGCUGAAAACUUGAACACUGAACAAUAUAAUUGCAGGCAUGAUUGUUAGCACCGGAUCCUCUUUGGGCCCCAUCUGUUCCUAGGAGCUGCCUUUUUCCACCUUCUGCACGCACCCGAAUAAGCCCAUUUGGCCUCAACACUUGAGAGAUAGUCAUGGCUUUAACUUGGGUGCAUACAGAACGGGGAAGGUCUUUCAGCCUCAUCUGCUCAUCGUCAGCUCUCCAUGGCUGUGCCUCAGCUGCCUUCACUGCCCACUGCUAGUUGCCCCAUGUCGUGCCUGGCCAGUCUCUCAUGGACAAUCGCUUGGCCCCAUCUUUCAUGGAAGGGGUGGGGUGGCCUGAGCUCAGGGCUGCCCCCUUCACUGGACCCGCUGCUCUUGCUGUUGCUGGUUUCUACACCAAGGAGGGAUGAGAUUGGCUAGGCAAGGAACGUAAAGCGGAGGUGCUUUUGGUGGGGUGAGCUUUCCUCUGCUGGGGGUUCCUCACAGUGUGGCUGGCAUGCAUGGAUCCAGGUGAGUGAAUAUCCCACAAGGUCUGGCUCACUCCUGUUAACCCCCUGCCAUUCUCUCUAAGGCGCUAAAGCCCUAUGAGUACUUUCCAGAAACCAAGUCCCACUGAAUCUGUAGGGUUUACUUCUCCUGAGUGGACACAGACUGUAAUUAGGCCAAACUAGACAUGACCAAAGUUCCCCAUCCCAUUGCACUCAUACUGCUAAUGCCAGGGCUUAGGGUGCUGGCCGUUAACACAUUUGCAGGACAAUUUGAGGGAUUGAAUAGGAGAAUUUGUAGGGGUGGUGGUGGUUAAGCCUUCCUGACCUAUUUAUUUUCUCUUGCAAAUGCCACACACUCCCAAGAAGUUUUAAUUCCCCCUCUCACCCCUCAGCUGGGCUCUAGGGGUAUGUGGGCCUAGUUUGGAGAGGAAACUGGCCUUGCAGGGUUGGGAGUGGCUCAGUAGCAGAUAAACAUGGCUCCCUUCUCCCUGUCCUACCCUGUUAGUGUCCCCUUGGUCCUGCAUUUAUGGGCUGGGAGGAUCACACCUUUGUUGGGAGGUGGCAUCUAAUCUGUUUAGUUCAGAGAAAUUAACAUGGGGCUCAAACGCUCUGUGUUAUCAUGUCCACGUGAAAUGUUAUUGAGUCCUCUCAAAUCGGGUGGAGCAAUGGCUUCUGGUAAGGAGGGGGGACAUCUGCCAUCCAACUUUAUAUCUGACAAGACCCUCGAGUCUGUGUGCCAGGCAGAAAUUCAACAGGUGGGCCUUUCCCAAAGAAUGAUGCAGAAAUCUGCAGCCGAUGAAUUUCUGCCUAUUGUUAUCUGUUCAAGGCAGAGGAGGGAUAGCGGCAUUAGGUCUACUCCAAAAGAAAUAUGUCCAGCUGCUUGCUUGCUCAAGACCUUUCUGCCACUUAUCUUAGAGCGUCUGACUAGAAUGAUAAGUGAGACAAGCCCCUGUGGCUGGGUAUUAUUCCCCACGUUGUGAAGCUCCAGCCACGUAGCCUGAUUUUGGCAAAGGCCUGCUGUUCGAGGUUGUCCAUCUCACUGCUGUGGGGAAUCUGGAACUCGUCUCUGCUUCUCUGCCCCUCACUCUCUGUUCUCUCCUCCCCACUCCCCCUUUUACAGAGACUUUAGACGAAAGGAUGAAGAAGUGA